AUGGAUGUUCUAGCUCGAGGAAACGAUGCCCUGAAAGUCAACCCCGUUAUGGGGGUCGACGAGGCCCUGGCGGUGCAUGGUUCUGACUGGCUCUGGGCAGUGACGGCUGUUUUCUCACUAGCUCUUAUUGGUUGUCUUGUCAUGUCUUUCGCCGCAAAGGAAAGCGAGCGGGUCUUCCACUACCUGUUCACAUUCGUCCUCAUGGUUGGCGCCGUCACCUACUUUGCUCAAGCUUCGAAUCUGGGCUGGAGUGCUGUUCCACAAGUCGACAAUCUCGGUAAUGGCAUUAUCCGCCAAGUCUUUUGGGUCAAAUAUGUGCACUGGCUAGUCGCAUUCCCGUCGCUUGCUCUGGGAUUGGGCCUGAUCUCGGGGGUCUCUUGGACCACGAUUAUCUGCAACAUCGCCUUAUCCCUGUACUGGGUUGUUAGCUAUCUCGCGGGCGCCUAUGUCACCACAUCUUACAAAUGGGGAUUCUUCGCUUUCGGCACCUUUGCCUGGCUCAUCCUCGCCAUGAGCACCAUCAAUGAGAGCCGCGAAGCUGCGCAGCUCCUUGGUGUGGACAGGGAUUACAUUAUACUAUCCGGGUGGACGAACCUCCUGUGGAUAAUUUACCCCAUUGCCUGGGGCUUGACUGAUGGCGGAAACAAGAUCGGGGUGACUGGAACCGCGAUCUUCUUUGGAGUGCUAGACGUCCUUAUGGUUCCGGUGCUCAGCUUCGCCGUCUUGUUCUUCGCUAGCAAGUGGGACUACCGCAAGUUAAGCAUUGCGUUCAGCGACAGUCGUCCGAGCCGAGAAACCGAGGUCGCUUCUGCACUCAAAGGAGAUUCUUCUCGGGUAGCUGAAUAG